AUGGAAGAUGUACAAAGUAAUGAGAAUAUUGAGCAGGAAAAACAAAAGCACUUCGUACAAAACGAAGAAGCAGAAGUAAAGAAAGAAACCGAAGAGGAUGUAGCCAUCAAAGAAGAACCGCCUGUAGAUCCCAAGCAAGAAGUCAAGGUAGAAGAAGAACAGAUUGAAAACCCUUCAAAUAACGAUAAAACUGUUGCUAAAGACGAUGAAUAUGAAGCUAAAGUAAGCGAAGACGAACAGACGGAAGAGGAAAACAAAAGUGAGGAAGAAAAGAAAGAGGUAAGCGUUGUCAAUGAUUCAUUAUUCUUUUAGGAGGCAGCUGAGCUUGACGACGACGAAAUCAAAACUAAUCCCGCGUACAUUCCGAAAGGCGGCCAGUUCUACAUGCAUGAUACUAGAUCUGGUGAAGCUGAAGAACAGAAUGACGCCAACAACAAGAAGAGCCGUGCUGAUGGAAAGUGGUCGCACGACUUAUACAAUGAGAAACGACAGAUGCCAAAGUCGAGUCGCGAAUUAGAGACCCUUUAUGGAUCUACUGGUAAGCGAGAAUGCGACGGUGACGUUCAUAGCACAAGAACGUCAGAUAAACGGGAAAGACCAGUAAACCAAAACAACAAACCCAGAAAUGUGAUAGGCAAUAGUAAAUUUUCCGACAGAAAACCUAUACGCAACAGACGACAAGAAAAAUCUAGUGAUGAAGAACCACCUACAGAAAACAGACAACGAAAGUUCAGAACAUUUAAAAGGUCGACUAACACUAAACCUCAAAAUGAAAACACUCCUAGGGAUGUAGAAGAGGUCAAAAAAGAUUUUAGCAAGAUGUCUGUGUCGAGACAACCACAACAGAAACAGGAGAACGGCAAUAGCAACGGUGGUUACAGAAGGAGUUAUGCACAGGUUAGUUACACAUUGAAAACUGUUUUUCAUUAUGUUAAUUUGAGACGAUACUUCUUUCUGUUUUGGCUAACUAAUACCUAUUUAACGUUUAGCCUGGUCCGCGGGUAAAUCUACCAGCUGAGACUAUGCGUAUCCCUCCACCUGUUCUUCCACCACCCCCUGGAGCCAUGGUAGUUAUACCUAUGGGACAGCAACCUGUAGUCCCAGUAAUGCCUCGUGUUCCUCAACAUCCUCCCUACAACGGUCGACCGAGACAACCGACUGACGCAGUCUAUUUUGACCCCAAAGCUCACGUACAAGGUCCCCCGCCUCAACCUCGCGAACGAAGACGCUUGCAGUUUGUUCCUCCACAGUAA